UUAUACCCCCGACCGUGGGCGACUGCUGAGCCUCUCGAACACUCGUUCGGCAUUGACAAAGCCGGAGCCUGUCGCACACAGAGAGAUGACACUGCGAUGGGCCAGGCCCUCCGUAUUCUUCUGCUCAGCUGCCUGACCUGUCUUAGAGUCAAACCCUUCGUCAACCUGGGCUGUAGCGGGAUCUGGAUCAAGCACAGGGAGAGCGAUACAAGCACCACCCCGACUGCACAUGGGCACUGACCGUCCAUAUCGUCAGCUGUUUCCAUCAGCAGUUGCUGAAUCUCCUUUGGCCUGAGUGCUUUGUCGAAGUUUAGCAUCAAGCCUGCCGGCAGAGGAACAGAACAGAGGUGCGUCGUUUUCUGAUGGAGUGGACUUGUCUCACUGACCUGUCAGUGCAGCGAUGUGAGACGCUGCCGCUGUG